AUGGUUGGGCUCUCCGCGUCGGAGCUGCAAGCGGAGACGCUCUUCCCAGGCGACACCAUCGAGUACUUCUCUAUUGCGUUUGUAGCAGGAGAUCCGCGUGGCCAUCGCAUGGCGAAAGUUCUGCGCGUGGACCACAAUAAGAACGAGUUUCCAAUUGAAGUGGAUACCCAGGAGCUACUACCGCUGACCAUGAUGCUCAAGCGGAAACGGGAUCGAAAGGGUCUUGCAAUCGCUUCAGAUGAUGCAAAAUGGCGAAAGUUGCGGACAUUUGGGUUGGUGGAUGGCGAGGUGGAAGGCGAGACUCGUGCUGAUCGGCUUCAUGCUGGGCUGAAAACGUGUAUUUUUGAUGCAAUGAAUGCGACGAAGAAACAGCUUGCAGCAGAGAAGCAGGAGCAGUCGUGUGUCCGUAGCAAGCAAUUGAUGAGUACGUUUUUGACUACGAAGGGUGGUGGAUUGGAUGAAGGUGAGACUAGCAGCAGUCAACGCAGCUCAUGCGAAGAAGGUGCAGUCCCUGAACGAAAAAAGAGACGACAACGAUCGCUAGCUCGAGAUGCGACCGACUGUUCCUCGCAUGUACAACCUUUACGCAAGCUUGUUUCAUACAAAAGCCGGUGUUGUGACAAGGCGUCGCAACAGAGCCGAUGUGAGGACGAAACAGCGCGGUCUCAGCGGCAAUUUAAGUAUGACAUAAAGAAGACCGAAUCGAAGCAUAAAAGGCGAAGCGACUCGAUGCCGACGAGAAAAAAGACCGUAUAUUCAGUGUCCAGGGCAAAUCAACUGAGUAUCAGCAAAUACUUUUGUGGACAGCAAGGGCAGCGUCAAUCAAAGAAGGUGAUCAAUAAGUUUGUGAAUCAUGUCCGGGAGACCGAGAGCAUUCAAGAGAUCGAGGCACAGAAACGUUUUGUUUGGGGACUCGAUGAAUACUAUGCUCUGGACGCCGAGAAGAAGGCGCUUGAGGCAGGUGUCGAUAAACUUAAAGGCAAUGGAGUUGGAGAAAUCAAUAUUCAGAAGUUGAGCUACAGUCGUACAGCAUAUGCUGUGAAGACGUCAUGUACUAGACAACGGGAAAGAAGCGGCACGAUGAAAGGAGAAUCAGAUGCACUUCGAUCGUGGUUAAAACCUCGGGACAGCGAAAAACGACAAGACGAAUCAGGGGAGACCAAGUGUGACGAUGAUGAGACAAGUCAGCGUCCGAAGCAACGGCUGCAGAACGUUGCUUCCGACAAGUCAAAAUCGAACAGGACGGAUCGAAGCAAUAGCUUGUGCUUUAUACAAUCCGAUGGCUCCGUUGGAACUUCUAUUCGAACGAAUGAAGUGGCCGGUAGUGCGCAACGUGAAGCAACCCAACGAGACUUCCGGCAUCGAAAUUUGUGA